UGACCAGACCAGCAGUUCCAGCAGCCAUGGUGAAGAUCCUGCAGGCCUACAAUUUUGCCAGGCAGCAAACGUAUGCCCUUAAUGGCGAGAUCCUGGCAGCAAGUCUGAUUGGCAACAAUCGGAUUGCCAUCAGCAGCGCGGAGCAGUUCAUAGAGAUUUAUGACAUUGCUGGGAAGCAGCAACAGCAGCAGCAGCAGGAGGAUGGAAUCCACGACGGAGAGGAAGGACAGGCAAUUAGUGGGGAUGCUCCUGGAGGAGGAGAUGAGCGCCUGCCGGUCAAAAACACGCUAGCCACCGUUGGCGAGGUGGUGCAGUUGAUCUACUGCGAAUCGGGCAAGUACCUGCUCACAUUGGAAAAGGAGCAGGCGGGCAGCCCAGUGCACUCAUCCUCGACCAUUAGCUGCACAUCGAGCAGCAACAGCAAUACUGUUUGCUCCGAGGAUGACACUAAGAUGUUUGUCCGAAUCUACGCCAACUUCUGGAAGUUCCCCGAUAGCAAGCUCAACGAGCUGCCCAUCACCAUCAGGAUAGCCUCGAUGACAACGCCGAAGACGCCGCUAGUCGAGAGCAUCGAUGUGAUUGAGCUGCCGCUGCGCAGUCCCCCCGAACUGGUUCAGUGCUGUCAGACCUCUGGCAACAUCAUUGUCAGCAGCAGGGACAGGAUAUACCUGUACGAGUACACACAGUGUGUCCACGAGAACACUCAGCCCCGAUUCGCGUUUAUCGAUUUUCUGCCCUUCAAGUUCUUUGUGCAGCUGAACUUUGUUCCCAUGCGCCUGUGUCUGGCGGAGAAUGUCAUCGCCUGCCUAAGUCACCGGUACUGUGUGGCAUUCAAGGUGAUUGACGCUCUGGCAAACAGCAAGGCAACCGCCGGGCAGGAGCUGAGCUGUUUGGACAACGACUAUGGGGGCGGCGGCGGAGACGAGCCGCUCUCGGAGUCAUUGAGCUUGGGCAGCAAGGCAAGCGCCAGCGGUGGAGUGGUUAGCUCCACCCACAGUCAGCAGAGCUGCGAGAGCGACUCCAUGCAGUCAACGAGCAGUGGCAAAGCUCCCUUGGCAAUGAAUGGAGCCCUGCCCGGACGUUCGCCGUUGGACUUUAACGUGGCCAAGCUGGUGAACAACGCGUAUGGGCGCGAGUUUGAGCCGGAGUUACGCUCUCAGUGGGAUCAGAGCGAGAAUGGUGGAAAUGGAGGAAAGAAUGGGGGCCCAGAGGACAACCAGGAGAUCACUAUCACACCCCAGAGGGCCGGGGAUAUCAAAAUCAAGCUCGUCAACGAGGCCAAGGCCAUGAAUGUGCGUGGCAUCGCAGGGGGCAAUCAACUGGAGGAUGCCUCUGUUCAAUAUGAUGUCAGAAAGUUGCUGCAGAUAUGCAUGAAAACAUCCGAGCAUCAGCCCAGAACUCUGGACAUCUUGCGCUGCUUAGAUCUGAAAGCAAUCUAUCAAAGGAGCGGCCAGGGCACGGACCUAGAGGACGAUGAGUACGACAUGGGCAACCAGCAGGUGCCCAGUGCCGUCACCACAUUUAAGCACGUCAAUCGCAGGACCCUCAAGUCUUCGCAGCAUCAACGGUGCAUAGGCCAUGCUCUCCUGGUGGCCAGCAGUGUGGACGGCUACCUCUAUCAGUUCUCCGCUCAGGGCAAAUGGUACAGUGAGAACGAGAAGCCUGUGGCGAGCUACAGCUUCACGGCUCCCGUCAUCCAGGUGCACAUCAACGAUUAUGUGGUCUUUGCGGUCACCUCGGAGUCUGUGGAGACACACACCUCGCGCAUAGGCCACAAGCUCUUCCACAAUCGCUUCGAAUAUCCCUCGAUUGGAGGCAUUUUCCCCGAGGAGUCUGCACCAGACAUCACCACGCCCAUUGCUGUCGUGGGUCUUGCUGCCUUUAUGCACGUUCAGUUUGUUUGCGUGAAUCGGGACCAGCUGGUGCUGAUCACCAACGCCGCCCUGGAGCUUCACAAGCGUCGCAGCACGGGAGAAGUGGCCCCCACAACGGUAGCGGUCAAGCGGAAUAUUGCUGCCAGACUGCUGGCCGAAGCAAAGGCCAAGCACAGCAGCCUUCUGAGGAGCAGCAGCGCUGCUCAAUCCUCAACGGUCACAAAUGAGUGGACCCUCUACAACCUCGAGGUGCCCCGGGUGGAGCACGUUAUUGAGGAUUUGGAGGGCAUUGCGGAAUCGUAUCACAGUGCGAGCAGCUCGAAUUUCUAUGAUCUCAUGGAGGAGGCCCAUGUCAUGCUACGGCUGAGCCUCACACUGCAGGGCGAGCGGCUGGGCAUGGAGCGCGAACAGCUGCUGAGAAAAAUGUUUACUGCAAACUGUAGAAAAUUGGCCGACUUCUCAAUACGUUCCAGCAGGCAAGAGGUGUAUCUGCAGGCAACGGGCUUCUACAAGAUGUGCCAGAUCCAGUUGGUGGACAUUUACAACAACUACAUUCAGCAGUUCAUGGACAACGAGGAAGAUGUGGAAACAUCCGAACUGGCGGGCCUCAUCUAUACAGUAAAACUAUUCCUACUCAGCCUGGCAACAGAUCGCUUGAGGUCCGCUUUCCUAAACCAGACUGUUCGACCAUACUUCACCCCUGUACGAGUGCUGCAGCAGGGGUACAAGCAGGUGCCGAUUUCGUUGGAGUUUCUCAAUAUGUUCAUCAAGCACGCUCCGGUGGAUAUACCCCAGAUCAUGCUGUGUUCCCCCGUAGUGGCCGACACCAUGAGCGGAGAGCUAAUCAACUAUCUGAAAUACUUGAACGCGCUAUCCCCCGAUGAGAACCUACUGCUGGCUGUGACAGCCUGUCGCAUGUCAAAUUAUCUGCUGGCCCAGGAAAUCAUAGCCAAGUCGACCAGGCGAACCCUGGCCACGGCUUUGAUCAAGCACAAGAAUGUGCUAUUUGACGACAGCACUGUGAUCUAUCAGCGCCGCCAGCAGCAGCAAGUUGACCAGCAACAGGCCACAAACUCGCGAAAGAAAACCCGUCGAGGCGGUGGUAAAAGCAAGCCCGCAGGUGUCUCCACGCCCACGCCGAAUGCCAUCGUAUCCUUUUCGGACUUUUGUGAAACCAUUCUGUUGGCCAACGAGCAGCCCGCCCUCAUAGAGGCCAUCAGCGAUGCCUUCAUUCACGCGCUUUGCAUCGAGCAUAGCCUGACGCUGGAUGUGCUGCUGCAGCUCUUCCUCAACUACAUUGCCUCGCACAUUGGCCAGAAGGGCUAUCAGACCUCUCAGAAGGUUUUUGUGAAUAUUCUACAGGUGUAUUAUUAUGAUCUCUACGAUGUGAGCUCAUCGCUGCAGCCCCACGAGAUUCGGUCGCAGACGCCACCGCAGCUGGAUGACGACUACGACGAAGAGUGCAGCAGCUCCCGGGCUCCCUCGCUGCACAGCGAUGCGGAUGCCCAGUCGCUGUCUAGCUCGUGUGCCAGCUCAGCGCAGGAGGAGAGAUCAGCGAGCCUAUCGAUCAACGGCAGGCAGCAGCGUAUAGUCUACGAUCAGCUGCAGGAACAGCAGUCGUCGCCAUUCCAGAAGCGCAACUCCAAUGCCUCGCUUUCGCAGCCCCAGCCGGACGACGAUCUGGCCAUUACUAAUCUCAAGGGUCUCAAGAUCCUCUUUCGCAUGUACAUGGGCCGACUAAAGUCCCUCAGCGAUCUCAUCACGGAUCUUCAAUCUGCGGAUGUGGAACAGCAGUCGAGUCGUGAAGAUUUCCUCAACCUGCGCAUGGAGUGCAUCUCCUAUAUGGUGGGCAUGGCUCCGAAUUACUGUCCCAAGCCAAUGGUGAAGAAUCCCAACGAUCCCCUGGCCGGCAAGUUGGUCUACGUUCCGUUUAUUCCCGACUACAAGCUGGCCGAGGGCGAGGAAUACGAACGCCACAUCAAAUCCUAUAUACGACCCAUUCCCUGUCUGCUGGAACGUCCCCAGUAUUUGAACCGUCUGCCGCCAUUCGAACGCAGCGACUUUAGCUAUCCCAACAAGGAUGAGGGCGAGUUCAAGGUCCGCUUUGUUAGCUGGCACAACGAGCUGCUGACCCUGACCCUGAAGAUUCAAAGUCUGCUGGCCUCCAGCAAAGUGGAUCGAGACAUUAUAUCGGAGUUUUUGGCCUUCAUUCAAAAGACGCCGCACUUGAUGGGCAUUGACAGCUUUUUGGUGAUCAUUUUGCCAAAGAACUUGGCCAUUAACUACAUGCUGAGCUUUUGUCCCGCCUAUCUAUGGCAGUAUGGAAAGUCCUGCGGCUUCACACCCAAACACUGGGAGAGUUUGUUGCGCAAGAUUCUCAGCAAGCAGGAUGCCCUGCCCAACUGGAAAGUGCACAUAACAGAGAUCCUUAACAAUCUGGUGGCAGAGUUGAGCUUUGAGGAGCUGCUUCAGUGCUUUCCCAGCGAGGUUAUUCAAAAUCGGAAUACGGCGCAAUACUUUGCCAAGGAAUUUGCCGAAACCUGCGUUCUCUAUGAGCAUGAAGAGCUCGUCUUCAAGGGUCCGGAGGAGUCUGCCGAAGGUAGGGACCACCUGCCCAUGGACAAUAUCGACGAAGACAAUGUGUUCGAGCUCACGCUGCGCAAGGCAGUGGCCAAACAACGAAGCAUUGCCCUGAGGUCCAUGAUCGAGUCGACGGGGACUCAGUUGUUCGAUGCUACCAGUAAUCCCAUGUACAAUCUGUAAUCUGCGGAUGGGAGCUUGUCACAGUCGGUAGUCCACUUUUAACUAGUUACAAACGGAAUUAUCACAUUGCAAAUGAUAAGAUUGAUUGAUAUUAACGUAGCAAGGCGGGUAGAACGACAGAAAAACGUUUGUUGUAUCGCCGUUUACAUAUAUGCAUACCAACCAUACACACAUAUGCAUAUGUAAUAUGUAGUUGUAGGAAUCGUAUACCCAUAACGAACGCAUUAUUUAUUGACAUUCUGUUUGACACAAACGCAACAUUUGGAUAAUUAUUGUAGCAAUGAUUUACGACGCAGGGCGGACCAGGAAAAAGUCUCCUGUAGGUUGUACAGAUAACUCUGCUGGAGCCCGUUUUAAUGCGGGGUAUUUGCCAUAUUAAACCAGUUAGAGGGUUAGGGAGUAAUGAAAAUGUUGGAAAGAAGUACUUUGCCUCACGCCCACUUGUAUUUGUACGUAAUUUAAUGCCCCCAAGUUUCCUUUGAACGAAGCUUUAAUACUCUAAAUGGUACAUACAUAUGUAUGUAUCUACGUACGUCUGUAUUUUUACUAUAUUUAUAUGUUAGCCAUCACACUCGCUCUCUAUUUACCCACAGACACAAGCACACUCCAACACACACCAACAACAACAAAAAACAACAUCAAGUGAUAUUUUUAAUUC